AGCUGGACCGUUAUUAUUGCUAUCUACGUUGUUUCCACACACUUAUCCACCCAAUGCAUCCUGGUCAAAAGUACAAGGGUGAUCAACACCCCAGGAAAGGUAAUUUUAACCGUGGAGAGGGAGUCACUUCUGCAAACAGCGACAGUCAACCAGCGGCAGAGACGUACGGCACUCGCGGAAAUGGACGUGAGGCGAGGUUGCAAAGCAGAUUUUUUGGUGGCAGAGGUCGUGGGAGAGGUAGAGGAGGAAACUAUCCUGAACAGAGAAGUGAGCCAAUCGGCUCUCAGCAGGCGUCAACGCAGCAGCAUGCAAGCGGCUCUCCCCAGGCUAACGUCGACAAGAAUGACGUUUCAACAUGGCGCCGAAAGGACUUCCACGAGCUCGUGAAAGGCUUUGUGGAAAACAGAAGCUCCAAUGAGCUUUCCUUCCCUUCCUCCUUAACGCCGGCACAACGAAAUGUGGUACACCGCAUUGCUAUGACGUUUAAUUUGGACCACAGAUCUAGUGGUGAAGGUGUGAAUCGUGUAUUGAAGCUGACUAAAAUUGGUGGUGCAAUCGAUGCCAUAAAUCGUCAACGCGACGCUGCUGAGGGCGGUGUGCGCAUCAAGACAAUAGACGGCUACCAAGGUGCGCAGGAGCUGGUCCACAGUCAUCUCUCUUCUGAAGACAUCGACUCUUUGACAUUCGAUUUGAAGCCGCACAAAAAUAGUAUGACGAGCGAGAUCAAACUGGUUGCCAAUCACCCGUUCUCUGAAGCAAAGCGCUUUCGCGUUCACCAGCCAGGGCUUUCUUCGGUGCCGAGGCCGACACACCACAUCAACCGAGUCGAGUUGCAACAAUUUCGAAAGUCGCUACCGGCUUACCGUCACGGUCCGGAAAUUAUUAACGCCGUGAAAACAAACGAUGUUGUUGUCAUUUCCGGCGAUACCGGAUGCGGCAAGACGACUCAAAUCCCACAGAUGCUGUUUGAUGCGGGCAUCUUCAACAAGAAGGAUGACAUUAUCUGCACCCAGCCGCGUCGCAUUAGCGCCCUUUCUGUCGCUCAGCGCGUGGCAACAGAGCGCGGCGAAGCGUGUGGCGACAGCUGUGGGUACAUUAUUCGCUUUGAAAACAUGACUAGCCCGCACUCACGCAUUAUCUACCAGACCACUGGUAUUUUGUUGCGCCGCCUCCACACUGAACCUGAGUUGAAGGGCGUAGCGUGCAUCAUCGUAGAUGAGGUGCACGAGCGCGACGUUGAGACAGAUUUCUGCCUGCUGCUUCUCCGCGAUCGCCUGCAAGCACAGCGCGAACAUCCCGAAAGGUUUCCGCUCAAAUUGAAACUUAUUGUGAUGUCCGCAACAGUGCAAAUUGAAGCCCUUGUCUCGUACUUCACUGGGCACAACGGCGGUCGAGAUAUUCCCCUCAUAACAAUUCCAGGAACGCUCUUUCCCGUUAAAGAGUUCUUCCUCGAAGAUGUGCUUCACGUAGUUGGGGCUCCAGCCUCCGCCGCCCCUGCAAUGAGGCUAAUCGCAGAGCAAAAACAGCCGAAGGUGCCCACCGAAGUCAAGGAAGGGAACGCCGCACUGUAUGAGCAGCUGAAGUCAUCCGUCUUUGACACGUUUGACCGUGAUGUUGAAGCGCUUGUUCCGUAUGAUCUCGUGUGCGAUUUAAUUAAAAAAAUUCACGACCAUUCGCACUCGCGCUCGGAGAGUAUCUUAGUUUUCCUUCCCGGCUGGGCGGCAAUUUCUACAAUAGCAGGUCUGCUGAAGCGUUCAACAAUCGCACGCGAGUUGUCGAUUUUGAUGCUACACUCCAGUUUGACCACGGCGGAGCAGCAGCGGGUCUUCGAGCGGCCGCCGCGCCAAUACCGCAAGGUCGUUCUCGCCACCAGCAUUGCGGAAACGAGUAUUACUAUUGACGACAUUGUGUACGUCAUCGACAGCGGUCUCGUCAAGGGCACCUCGUACGACCCAGAAGGCAACACCAGUGCUCUGAAGGCGACGUUGAUUGGAAAGGCAAAUGGUGUGCAGCGGAGAGGUCGUGCUGGGCGAUGCCAGGCAGGUGUGUGCUAUCACCUUCUGCCCAAGGCGGCUUAUGAUGCGUUGCCUGACUUCCUUCCUCCCGAAAUCGUGCGCUCGCCGCUAGAAGAGGUGUGCCUGCAGUUGAAGGCGAUAGAGGCGAACGAGAAGUGCGCGAGGGUUUUGGCCCGUGCAAUGAGCGCCCCAUCGCAAGAGGCUAUAGAGCACGCCGUGCAAUUCUUGACGGACAUGGGCGCCUUCACGGCAGAUGACGAGAAGAUGACGAAUCUGGGCAAGGCACUAGCGGAGCUGCCAACGCACCCGUUGCUGGGAAAGAUGCUUUUCACUGCCGCGUGCUUCGGUGUCCUGGACGCUGUGGCCACUAUUGCAGCCGGCCUGUCGGUGAAGUCGCCGUUUAUCCGCCCUCAGCGUCCUGAGAAGAACGCCUUCAAGGAGAACCUGCUUCGCAUCGACGACGGCGGUCUCUCGGAUCACUUUUCCGUGGUCAAGCUUUUCACAGAGUGGAUUCGAAGUGGGAGGAGCUACCAGUACUCAUCCUCGCACUUUGCGGACAACACGACGCUGCGAUCGCUCGAGCGGACAAAGCGUCAGUUCAUCAACUUAGUGCUGCAUUCCUCCUUCGCGAAAGGCGUCAUUGCACCCGAGAGGCACCUGUCCAGAUACGCAAGCAACAAAGGACUUGUCCGGCUUGUUCUUCUGUGGUCCCUCUAUCCACGUAUCGCCACUAUCGAGUACCGCGCAAACCGCGACACCCAGAAUCCGCAGGUGUUUUGCUGGGACAACAAGUCUGCUGUGUUUUCGGCCAACUCAGUGCUUGCCUUUUACAAGCGCAGGGACUUUGGCGCGAACUCCUUUGUGACGUAUUAUGACCGCAUGAAUCUGGAGGCUGUGCUGAAUCUUUUCGAUGCGACCGCCGUCACUCCCAUCGACAUCCUUUUGUGCCUUCGCCAGCUCACUGUCCGCCCAUUGCUGGAUGUGCCGGAUCUGUUUCUCAGCGACGACGAGAGCAAGCUGGCCCCACCGGCGUACUUCGACGUGGAUAGUCUGCCCGACAAGGAAAACUACUCCGCCAUGUUCUUUGAUGGCGACAAAAAGCUAUACAUUGCGCCGAAAAAGCUCGCCGCUGUCUUGCACACCGCUCGCGACUGUCUGGACUUCUUUCUCGCCACGUGCAUCAAGAACGUGCGCUCAAGUAAGUUCCCGGACUCCUUGGUGCGGGCACUCGCCCAAAUCGUCGGCUACCCAAUCUCCGGCGUCGAUGCGCCGGUAUCCGUGGACAACAACGCCACUGAGGCAGUUCACAUGGAUCCGGCGAUCCAGCAGAUGCAGCUGGCAGGCAGCUUCCUGCCCGGGUUUGCGCGGCGGGAGGGGCGGAGUCCGGACGACUCGAGUGCCUCCGACGCCGAUGCUCCGCUGCUGGAGGAGGAGGAGGACGGCGACAACGCGUUGAGGCAGCUGACCGAGGCCCAGAAGGCAAAUGUAACCGCUGCCUACGGCGAUUUGGCUGUUUUCCGCUACGAUGGCGCUGCCGAGCUGCUGCAAGCGGCCAAAACGGCAGAAGAAACGGCGGUACCCGGCAAAGGCGAAGCUGAUGAAGAGGAUGCGGGUGGUGACGACGAUGGUGGCGCGGAGAAAGAAACGGCGGUGAAGACGGUGGUGGCCGAAAAGGGCGCGCGUGAGAAGGGCGAGGAGGACGAGCAGGACGAGGAGGAGGAGGCGGGGGAGGAGGAAAGUGACGAGGACGAGGACAUUAUUGUGGGCAAUCUCAACCCACAAGUCAUUCAACCUCUCGUUACACACUCGUAA